AUGGCUGGUCUCCAGUUGGCUCUACAUCUGCCUGUGGACAUUAUGCUCCCAUAUAAUAAAACAGAAAUUCCAGGGCUCCACUCAGCCAAGCAUCACCCUUAUGAACAAGGUGACUCUUCUCAGAGCUCCCCAAUGGGGCACCUCAGGAACAACAUCCCAAGGAAGCUUUUGAGUAACAAAGAAUCAAUGAUGGAUAAUCUCUAUCCUCACCCCAAGUGGAACACCUUCACACAAACCCGGAGCUACUCUUACCUUCACUGUGCUGGAACCAGCCAGCAAGAUUUAGGAGCCAAUUCCCCAGGUCAAGGAAAGGGUUUGUUUUACUCAGACCCUCAAUCGUCUCAGCCCUGGCAUGCCAAAGCCAGUAACCUGGACGCCAUCCCUUUUACAAAGAAGCGAAUUGGGGUGGACCGGGCAUACCCACUGAAGCCUGUGUUCCACUGGAAGUCUCGUAGUAGAGGUGAGGCUGGUUCUGAUGGGGACCAGAAUGUCUCUCCAAGACCCCCUGAGCCCAGAGACUUUUCAUACAGUGGCUUUGGUUCAAGGAACCCGGUGAAUUUAUCUGUGGUUGGUCCUGUUCUUGCUGUCAUGCAGGGCCAGAGGGCCAGGGCAAAGCCCGAAAGGACUGAGUGGAUGCAAAUCCAAAGACUAGAAGCUGCAGGGGAGAGUUUAGAGGAGGAAAUCCGAAGAAAGGAGACUCUCCUGAGGGAAAAAUUAAAGAAGACAGAGGAGGAACUCAGGAGAAUGCAGAAGGAAAAGGAGCAGACUGACAGAAAUGAAAAGAAAGAGCUACAGAGAAUGACACUCUGCAGGAGAAGAGUUCAAGGUAAUAGCAGCAACACCACGUGUAAACCUAUUUCCGCUACAGAAUUCGAGCCUGAAGAAGUGUUCAGCAGAGACCGGAAAGACAACGAAACCUGGGGACAGACUCAAGAAAAUUCUAGUCCAUUCCAGUUCUCAGAUUAUGGACUACAGAGUCUCAAAAGAGAAAGACUGGUGGCAAGCAGUAACAAAAUCCCAGACCAAGUCUCAGAGAGGUUUCCUCAGACUUCAAAAGCACCAGGCAAUGCUUUGCAGGGAUCUGCCAUCAAUUCUAGGGCACCAGACUCCUCAGGUUCCAACUGUUCUGCUGAAGAGGCUGAACUCGGCGAGUGUAGCCACUGUGGACGCAAGUUCCUCUUGCUCAGACUGGAGAGACACUCGAAUGUUUGCAGCAAGAUGCAGAGUUCCAAGAGGAAAGUUUUCGACUCCUCUAGGGCCCGGGCUAAGGGCACAGAACUAGAGCAGUACCUGAACUGGAAAGGACCAGCCUCGGUCAAGGUGGAACCACCUCGGAAGAGCAAUUGGAGACAGAAGCACGAAUCUUUCAUCCGGACCCUCCGUCAGGCUCGAGAGACCCAGCAGGUAAUUGCCAAAGGUGGAAAGCCUGCAAACUUGCCCCCGAUCUUGCCUGCAGAAAAUCCGGACUAUAUUCAGUGUCCUCACUGUAGCCGUCACUUUGCACCCAAAGUGGCUGAGGGGCACAUUCCCAAAUGUAAGACCAUCAAGAAUCGUCCUCCACCUCCAAGGAAGCAUUACAAUUGA